GAGACAUCAUGAUUACACAUUUUGACCCCAGCAUCACCUACGAUGGGGCUGUGUAAUGAGGUGCGAGACAUGUGCUCCUUUGACAAUGAACAGCUCUUCACCAUGAAAUGGAUUGAUGAAGAAGGAGAUCCAUGCACUGUUUCCUCACAGUUGGAGCUGGAAGAAGCUUUCCGGUUGUAUGAGCUAAAUAAAGACUCUGAGCUCCUAAUUCAUGUGUUUCCUUGUACCCCUGAGAGGCCCGGAAUGCCCUGCCUUGGUGAGGACAAGUCCAUCUAUAGACGUGGAGCAAGAAGGUGGCGAAAGCUCUACUGUGCAAAUGGUCACACAUUCCAAGCUAAGAGGUUUAACAGACGAGCGCACUGUGCCAUCUGCACCGACCGGAUAUGGGGGUUAGGACGGCAAGGUUAUAAAUGUAUCAACUGUAAGCUGUUGGUUCAUAAAAAAUGCCACAAGCUUGUUAGCAUUGAGUGUGGGCGACAUACAAUAGCUGAGGCAAUUGAUCCACCACCUGUACAUCCAGAACAUCAGGAGCCAGAACCACCCUUUCGGCACAGGAGUCAGGAUAAUAUGGACCAGGAUGGGGAAGAGAAAGAGGCAAGAAACAGCCGGGAGAGUGGUAAACCCCCCUCCAGCCUGGGUCUGCAGGAUUUUGACUUACUCAGAGUUAUUGGAAGAGGUAGCUAUGCCAAAGUACUGCUGGUGAGGUUAAAGAAGACAGAACGCAUCUAUGCAAUGAAAGUUGUCAAAAAAGAAUUGGUCAAUGACGAUGAGGAUAUUGACUGGGUUCAGACAGAGAAACAUGUGUUUGAGCAAGCCUCAAACCACCCUUUCCUUGUUGGCCUACACUCCUGUUUCCAAACAGAAAGCAGGUUGUUCUUUGUUAUUGAAUAUGUAAAUGGUGGUGACUUGAUGUUUCAUAUGCAGCGUCAAAGGAAGCUUCCAGAGGAACAUGCUAGGUUUUACUCUGCAGAAAUCAGUCUGGCAUUAAACUACCUCCACGAGCGGGGAAUUAUUUAUAGGGAUUUAAAGCUGGACAAUGUCUUAUUGGAUUCUGAAGGGCACAUAAAACUUACUGACUAUGGCAUGUGCAAGGAAGGCUUACGGCCUGGAGAUACCACAAGCACGUUCUGUGGCACACCAAAUUAUAUUGCUCCGGAAAUCCUGCGGGGAGAAGAUUACGGUUUCAGUGUGGACUGGUGGGCGUUAGGCGUCUUGAUGUUUGAGAUGAUGGCUGGAAGGUCACCAUUUGAUAUUGUAGGAAGCACUGACAAUCCAGACCAAAACACUGAGGAUUUCCUCUUCCAAGUCAUUCUGGAGAAACAAAUCAGAAUCCCAAGGUCUUUGUCUGUAAAAGCUGCAAGUGUACUUAAAAGCUUUCUUAACAAGGAACCAAAGGAUCGUCUUGGCUGUCAUCCACAGACAGGAUUUGCUGAUAUUCAAGGACAUCAGUUCUUUCGUAAUGUUGAUUGGGACCUUAUGGAACAAAAGCAAGUGGUCCCUCCUUUCAAGCCAAAUAUUUGUGGAGAGUAUGGAUUGGAUAAUUUUGAUGUACAGUUUACUAAUGAGCCUGUUCAGCUUACUCCCGAUGAUGAGGAUGCUGUGAGGAAGAUUGACCAGUCUGAAUUUGAAGGUUUUGAAUACAUCAACCCACUGCUGAUGUCUGCUGAGGAAUGUGUAUGA